GUGGCUGCUUCCAACUGGAGGGGGUGGGGGUGGUGGUGGUGGUGGGGUUUUCUGCAAAACCAACAAGAAAUCUCCAUUUCUUCCGGCUUGAUCAGCCACAGUAAUAGGAAUAGGAAUAGCAGAAGAAGCUCCUACUCUGGGAGGUUUCAGGCGAUGAAAGCCGCUCUUAUCAUGUCUAGUCCCUUGUCACCAUCGGAAAAUAACUGUAGUAUGAGAAGGAAAGGAAAGGUAGGAGGAGGAGGAUCCUUAGGCUGCAAAAAAAGGGCAGGCAGUGACAGUGAUACCACCACCGUUGGGUGUAAAGAAGACGAAAACGAAGACGACAAGGAGGAACACCAGUUCGUUGAGUGGUUUCGGGAAGCUUGGCCGUAUUUCCACUCGUUCAGAGGAAGCACGAUGGUAGUGUUGAUUUCCGGUGAAAUCAUAGCCACUCCACACUUGGAUCCCAUUCUUAAGGAUAUAUCUCUCCUUCAUGGCCUGGGGAUCAGAUUUGUCCUUGUUCCUGGGACUCAUGUGCAAAUUGACAAGCUUUUGGCUGAAAGAGGAGGUGAGGCCAAAUAUGUUGGUCAAUAUCGAAUUACAGACCCUGAUUCUCUGGAAGCAGCGAUGGAGGCAGCUGGGAGUAUCCGUACUUUGAUAGAAGCAAUGCUUUCUCCUGGACCCCCAAUAUUCAGUAUUCGUAGACAUGGUGAGAAUAGUCGUUGGCAUGAUGUUGGUGUCAGUGUUGCAAGUGGUAAUUUUCUUGCAGCUAAGAAAAGAGGAGUUGUUAAUGGCAUUGACUUUGGAGCAACUGGCGAGGUAAAGAAAAUAGAUGUUUCUCGUAUACAUGAGAGGCUUGACGGAGAUUGUAUAGUCCUAUUAAGCAAUCUGGGUUAUUCCAGCUCUGGAGAUGUUUUAAAUUGCAACACUUACGAAGUUGCUACUGCUUGUGCCUUAGCUAUUGGAGCAGAGAAACUCAUUUGCAUUGUUGAUGGACCAAUCUUAGAUGAAAAUGGGCGGCUUAUUCGUUUCAUGACUCUACAGGAUGCGGACAUGUUGGUCCGCAAGCGAGCUAAGCAAAGUGAAAUAGCUGCAAACUAUGUAAAAGCUGUUCGUAAAGAAGAUAUCUCUUGCUCUGGACAUCUUGAUUCCAGUGGGACAAGUGUUCAUCCUCAGAAUGGAAUGAGUUUCAGUAAAAAUAAUAAUGCAACAUUUCACAAUGGUGUUGGGUUUGACAAUGGUAAUGGAUUAUGGUCUGGUGAACAAGGGUUUGCUAUUGGAGGUGAGGAGCGGUUGAGUAGAUUAAAUGGUUUCCUUUCAGAAAUAGCUGCUGCAGCUUUUGUUUGCAGAGGUGGUGUUCAAAGAGUUCAUUUAUUAGAUGGCACCAUUGGUGGAGUUUUGCUAUUAGAGUUGUUUCAAAGAGAUGGAAUGGGGACUAUGGUGGCUAGUGAUCUGUACGAAGGAACACGAGCAGCUACAGUAAUAGAUAUCUCUGGAAUUAAACAAAUUAUAAAGCCUCUGGAAGAGUCUGGGACUUUGGUUCAGAGGACUGACGAAGAGCUAGUUGAAGCGUUGGAUUCAUUCAUUGUUGUGGAGAGAGAAGGACAUAUCAUUGCCUGUGCUGCCCUUUUUCCUUUCUCUGAAGAGAAGUGUGGAGAGGUUGCAUCUAUUGCUGUAUCUCCCGAGUGCCGUGGAGAAGGGCAGGGGGACAAAUUACUCGAUUUCAUUGAGAAGAAGGCGGCAUCCCUUGGGUUGGAGAGGCUUUUUGUGCUUACAACCCGAACUGCAGAUUGGUUUGUGAGGCGCGGCUUCUCAGAGUCUUCCAUUGAGUCUAUCCCUGAAACAAGGAGAAAAACGAUAGAUUUCUCCCGUAGAUCAAAAUAUUAUAUGAAGACGCUGCAGCAAGACAUGAGUGGCAUUACAGUUGAUAAGUUGUUGAGCCAAAGUGGCUAAAUCACAAGGUUUUGCUUCUAUUUCCUUUGUGUUAUGUAACUCGUUUAGAUCUGCUAACUAGUUUACAAUCCGCUGGAAGGGGCAAUAAUUAUAGGUGGUAGUUUUGUAGCUAGGUUUCCGAGUGCUGAACUUAUCCCCCAACCAUCCCCCUUUUCAUGCGGAAGGGGGUUGUGAACUUGUGAUUAGAGCCACCUCCAUUUGUUUAUUUGGUUGUUAAAUCUUAAAAAAUAAAAUUUUAUUAGCAAGAUAUUGUUGUUGGAAAGGGUAAUUGUGCAUA